AUGCUGUCCACAGCCUAUGUCAUCGCGGUGCUCACAGUCGUCAAUUCUCGCCGCUCGCUCACCGAUUCCGCAAUGCACGAAUCCGACUUCGGCACGUUCGGACUGGGUCCAUCGCAGCAGAACUCGAUGCGCAUCCCAGCCCGCCUCGAGCACUUCCGUGCUCCGAGGUCUGAAGGAGAGGUGAUCGGCAUCUCGAGCUGGAAGGCACCUGCUGACGCCAAGGUCAAGCAUGCAACGCAGAAUCAGGAUGGAGACGACGUCAUCGGCCGGGAGGAUGGGUGA